UAAUUUCCCCUCAACCACCUCAGGCUUAUCGUUUAAUCCUAAACCACUUAAAUUUCAACUCUAGGGCGCUACUUCCUAGGAGUCCCAACCAACCAUCGCCACAAUGCUUACAAAGCAAAGCUACAUCUUCUUCCUUAUUCUGUUUACCAUCAUCUCUUUCUCAGCCCUUGCUAUCGCUCAUCAAUCUGAUGAGGUUUUCUCAAGAUACAUAUCCCCAUCAUCACUAGGGCUCAAGCGAGAGAAGCUAUCCCACCUUCACUUCUACUUCCACGACCUAGUCUCCGGCAAAAAUGCUACUGCUGUCCGUGUUGCCGAAGCACCCUCAACCAACAGUUCCUCAUCGUCCUUCGGAGCCGUGGUGAUGAUCGACGACCCUUUGACGAUCAAGCCCGAUGUCAACUCCAAAAUGGUGGGCAGAGCUCAAGGAAUAUAUGCAUUUGCAUCGCAAACUGACUUUAGCUUGUUAAUGGUUUUCAAUUUCGUUUUCACCCAAGGGAAAUAUAAUGGUAGCACUCUUAGUGUUUUGGGGCGCAACAAGGUUGUUUCCACCGUGAGGGAGAUGCCGAUCGUUGGCGGGAGUGGGCUUUUCCGGUUUGCUCGUGGGUAUGCUCAGGCGAGGCCUUACUCAAAUUCUCAAGCCCAUACCAUUGUGGAGUACAAUGUUUAUGUGUUCCAUUAUUGAUGAAUUUUCUCUUUAAUUGCGUUGUGUUUAUGGGUUUUAUUUGCUUUAUUUUGUUUGAUAGUUGGGUAUGUUCAAAGAAUUUAGACCAAGUUUUCAAGCUUGGCUAGAACAACUCUGAACUUUGAAAUUGUUUAAUACAAAUAAAGACGACAUUCAUAAUAAUAAUAAUAGCUAUAAAUGUCCAAUUGUACCUGCAAAA